AUGUGUGAUUUCUUCUUUAUCCAAAUUAUCUUUCCUUUCUUUUUCUAUUUUAUAUAUUCUUUUAUUCUCUUUCUCUCUUUCUCGAUUUCUCUCGUUCUUUAUGUGAUUAUCUCUAUAUCACUUUUCAUUCUUUUUUUUUUAUUUAGUUCUAUCUCUCUUUUUACAUCCAAUAUUUGCCUUCUGGAGACAAAAUCAGAUAAAGCUACGUCUUUUCCGUUUUCGUUUACUCUUUCCUUUUCCCUAAGAAAUUUCUUUUUGAUUGCGUUUAUAUUUGUCUUCUUUUCUUCCUUUCCCUCUUUACACCCUUUUUUUUCUUUUCUUCUCUUUUCAUACAAUUCGUUUUCUUUUACGUUUUUUUUUAACAGUUUUCAUUUUCUUUAUUUUCCAGUUACUAUUUUUCUUUUCUUUCUCUUCAAAACAGUCCUUUUCUUUUUAGCUAUCUUCUUAAAUAUUCCAUUCACCCUUCCUGCUAUUUUUCGAGCUUUCUCUCUGUUGUCUAUCUAUCUAUCUAUCUAUCUAUCUAUCUAUCUAUCUAUCUAUCUAUCUACACCCCCACCCACACACACAUAUAUAUAUAGAUAG